AUGGCGACCAUGACCGACGGUUUAUCACCCAAAAAUAAAGUUGAUACCCGAGAGAAAAGGGCGAAGGACAAGGUCCGAAAGUCCGGUCCCAGCGCUCAGGGCAAAGCGCUUCAGUUAGGCGAAUUUGCCGGUGUGUUUUCGGCUGUCGUCUACUUCAACCCAACGUAUGGGUGGCUGGACGGGGCCAUACAUGUCCCUGAAGGCCAAGACAUCCCCGACGUGAAUGGAUUUUUAGAGGAACUUCUGAACGGCUCGCACAGCACGGGUCCAGGACGCGGCCCACGGCGCGCGAAAACGUGCCGUGAUUCCAAAAUCAGCCAUCACGAAAAUCCCCAAGCAGCCAAAGACACCGACGGUGGGAGGCAACUUGACCGACGCCUGGCCGACGGUUUGGCCCUCCAGAGUGCCAGCCGAUGUGUUGCGGAGCAAGAGAUGCCCAACGGCGCCGCCGCGGAUGAGAUGGGUGGAAACGAGGCGCAGAACGGGCAGUCCGGCGACGUCUCUGAGUGGGAGACGGUGGAUGCACAACAUACGGAAGCCCCGACUGCACGGGUGGCGGGCCCAGGCCUCUCCAGAAUACAAGCGGUCAAAGUGCAGCGGUUUUUGCGGCAGGUGUCUGUGCAUAUGCGACUCGCCUCCCGUCAAGAGCGGCUGCCACCGCACCGGGUGGUUCAUCAGGACAGAUGGAGAGGUUUGUUGCAGCGAAAUCGCAGGCGAUGA